AUGCAAAGUGAUCAGUUCAUCUAUCGAAGAUGUUGGUCUUCCACUGCUUUUUGUUCAGAGACUGAUGGCUUCACAAAAAGCCCAGGCACUUGGCGAUUUCAUCCUGGAGGUCAUUCGGUGAGUGAUGUUGUUUCGACUAACACUUUACAUCCAACCAGGAACCUGUUUACCAAAGUGAAGAAUAUGGACAACGUUAUCAAGGUGAUAAUGGAACACGCCAAAGUGCUGGUCAGAGCGGAGCGUGUUACUUUGUUCCUGGUGGAUCAUAAGAAAAACGAACUCUACUCCAGUAUACUGGAUAUUGGCGACGUCAAUUCUGCCGUCUUUGUACAGGAUGAGACAAAUGAAAUACGAUUGCCCCUGAGUCAAGGGAUCGUGGGUUAUGUUGCUCGUACGGGCCAGCCGAUUCGGAUUGCUGAUGCCUAUAAAGAUCCGAGGUUUUACGCGAAAGUGGACGAAGGCACCCAGCGCAUUACCAAAUCAGUACUUGCGGUGCCGUUGGCGGAUGGAAAACAAGUUGUCGGCGUUAUCGAGAUGUUGAACAAACAUCAGGGUUUAUUCACUCAAGACGACGAAGAAUUCCUUGUAGCAUACUCCAUAUACUGUACACUUGCGAUCAAUGUGGCUCGCAUGUACGACCGGAUCUAUCGUUCCGAUAAAAAAUAUCGGGUAGCGUUAGAAGUGCUUACCUACCAUAACUGUGUCACUGAAGCCGAUGUCGCUGCCGUUCUACCGUGCAACAUCCCUGACAACAUCCCCGGCAUAACUCAAUACGACUUCUCACCUUGGGAUGUUCCUGAAGAACAAGAAAUACCAGCGGUUGUCUAUAUGAUGUAUGAUCUUGCGGGCAGGUUAAUAAUCGAUAAGAUGACGCUAAUUCGAUUCAUGCUAACGGUGAGGAAGAAUUACCGUCCAAUCUCGUACCACAAUUGGGAUCAUGCUUUCUCAGUCGCCCAUUCAAUGUAUUUUCUCCUGAAGGUUAGCGAACACCGCUUUGUCCCGAUAGAGAGAGUUUGUCUAUUUGUAGCCGCAAUCUGCCAUGACCUGGAUCAUCGGGGCUACGAUAAUAGGUUUAUGAAGAAAUACUCUUCACCUCUGGCCUCUUUAUACAGUUCUUCACCCAUGGAGCACCAUCACUUCAACAUGACGAUUACCAUCUUACAGCAACGGGAUCACAAUAUUUUUCGGUACUUCAGGAACGCUUCGUAUCGAAAUCUGCUUGGAAUAAUCAAACACGCGAUUUUAGCGACGGAUCUGGCAACCUUUUGGGCCUCGAAAGCGAAGCUGGACGAACUCCUGGAUUCUCCCUCUGGAUUGGAGUGGAAUGAUCAAGCCCACAGGAUGAGCGUGGUCAGUAUCGCAAUGCCCACCUGUGAUCUGUGUGCAAUGUUCAAGCCGUGGGGCGUACAGGUUAAAGUGGUCAUGUUAAUCAUGCAGGAAUUUUGGAACCAGGGUGAUCGUGAAAAGGCUUCUGCUAACAAACCAUUGAGCUUAAUGGACCGCGAUGAAGCAGUACAAUUGGCUGAUGGCCAGGUUGGAUUCAUUCGCGCCAUAUGUUUGCCCUGCUAUUCCACAAUAGUCCGUGUCUUCCCGCAAGUAAGCGCCAUCGUAGAUGCGGCUCAAUCAAAUCUGAAGCAAUGGGAGGCCAUAUCGAAACUGUCCUACGAAGAACGAGAGCGUAUACUACAACAGCAAAUGGAACAGAAGUUUGCCAAAGUUGUGAGACGCACGGCCAUGAACAUCUCCAGUCAUGCUAGAAAAUAGUGUUGGUACACUGAGAGCUGCUUGCGUUUGUCUCAGCGAAACAUGUGAACGGUGGAGACACCGCUGCUCGGUAAACGGACUACGCUUGACCUUUUUACCCCAUUCGAACGCUGAGCUGUGUAAAAAUAUUACAACCAACAUCUAUUGGCUUCGUUCGUUCGAACGAUUAAUACACUCUUUUAC